UCUGAUCCACUCUUAUCAAUGAAGCAGGAGAUGAUGGCGGACGGCCCCAGGUGUAAGAGGCGAAAACAAGCCAACCCAAGAAGGAAAAACGUGUUGAAUUAUGGGAAUGUGGUGGACACAGGUUCAGAGACAGAGGAAGAGGACAAGCUGAUGGUGUCAGAGGAGGACGGCAUGCUGAACGGGACAGGAAGCCCGGCCAGCCUGGCCAAUCAGGAGACUUCACCCCGCAUGGGCCACGGGCUGCUGACAAAAGACGAGGAUGAUGAUGAAAUGAGGGACAGCGGAGUGGAACACGUCUGGCAGGACAACGACCUGCUGAGCGCCUCAGUCGACGGUACUGAUGAAAUGAAAGAUGACUUUGACACUAUGGGGCCUGAUGCCACUCUAGAGACAGUUGGAAAUGGUACAGUGAAGAAUGCUGAUUGCAGUUCGGAGUUUGUGGAGUUCUUUGGGAAACGUAAGUUGGACGAAAGUGAGAGUCACACGGUCAGUAUAGAAGAAUACCUCCGGAGAGGAGACACGGCCAUCAUUUACCCAGAAGCCCCUGAGGAGAUCUCACGUCUGGGAACGCCCGAAGCCAAUGGACAGGAGGAGAAUGGUAAGAAUCCAGACAAGGACCUGCCACCUGGAACCCCAGAUGCUUUUGCCCAACUGUUGACCUGCCCCUACUGCGACCGCGGCUACAAGCGCUUGACAUCCCUGAAGGAGCACAUCAAGUACCGACAUGAGAAAAACGAGGAGAGCUUCUCCUGUCCUCUGUGCAACUACACGUUUGCUUACCGAACACAGCUUGAGCGCCAUAUGGCCACGCACAAGCCAGGGAGAGAUCAGCACCAACUGCUGAACCAGGGAGCUGGCAACCGCAAGUUCAAAUGCACAGAAUGUGGCAAGGCCUUCAAAUACAAGCACCAUCUGAAGGAACACCUGCGGAUUCACAGUGGGGAAAAGCCAUAUGAAUGCUCCAACUGCAAGAAGCGCUUCUCCCAUUCGGGAUCCUACAGCUCUCACAUCAGCAGUAAGAAAUGCAUUGGUCUGAUCGCCGUCAACGGCAGGAUGAGGAGCAGCAUGAAGACGGGCUCCUCCCCGACCUCUGCCUCGUCCUCGCCGACAAAUUCUGCCAUCACACAACUCCGCCACAAACUGGAGAACGGCAAACCCUUGGGCCUCCAGGACACAUCCAACCACCUGAACAUCAAAUCCGAGCCUUUAGAUUUCAACGACUAUAAGCUCAUGAUGGCUUCCCAUGGCUAUGGUACCCCUGGGCCCUUCCUAAACGGUGGAAUAGGGGGUGGUAGCCCUCUGGGCAUCCACAAUUCAGGACAGAGUCCCAUGCAACAUCUGGGGAUUGGCAUGGACGGCCAGCUGCUCGGGUACCCAUCUAUCGGGAAUAACCUGAGUGAGGUACAGAAGGUGCUCCAGAUUGUGGACAACACAGUGUGCAGGCAGAAAAUGGACUGCAAGCCGGAGGAUAUCUCCAAGCUCAAGGCUUACAUGAAGGAGCUGGGAUCCCAAAUGGAGGAGCAGAAACAGGGCCUGACCUCCCCAGGAGGUCCUCAGGUCGGUCUUCCAGUUGUCAGUCACAACGGUGCCACAAAAAGCAUUAUUGACUACACGUUAGAGAAGGUUAACGAAGCCAAAGCUUGCCUCCAGAGCUUGAACACAGACUCAAAGAGACAAAUAAGCAAUAUCAAAAAGGAAAAGUCCAACCACAUGCUAGAUUUAGGUACGGAGGAAAAGACACACGACAACAACAUAAUGUUUACAGCCUUUUCUUGCCAAUACUGCAAAGAAACCUUCCCAGGGCCAAUCCCACUGCAUCAGCACGAACGAUACCUGUGUAAAAUGAACGAGGAGAUCAAGGCAGUCCUGCAGCCCAGCGAAAACAUGACGCCAAAUAAGCCAGGAAUGUUCGCAGAGAAACACUCCUUGCUCCUCUCCUCCAUCAUUUCUGAUAAAGGGAUCACGAGCCCCAUCAACCCGUACAAGGACCACAUGUCAGUUCUCAAAGCUUACUUCGCCAUGAACAUGGAGCCCAAUUCAGAGGAACUACUGAAGAUUUCCAUAGCUGUCGGCCUUCCUCAGGAAUUUGUCAAAGAAUGGUUUGAGCAGAGGAAAGUCUACCAGUACAGCAAUUCCAGAACCCCUCCUUUGGACAGGAACAAUGUGGAGGUGGGCCUCCCUGCCACAAACCACACCCCCUCUAAAGACCCACUGGCAGUACGGUCCCCAGUGUCCCUGGUCAAAGCGGCAGACCGUAUCACCUCCCCUGCCAUAGCAGAGCUUCACAACAAUGUCAACAACUGCGACACUCCCCUCAGGCUCUCAAAAACCAACCAGUUUACUGGACCCAAACAGAUGGGCGAGAAAUUGGACCACUCUAGGAGCAACACUCCUUCUCCGCUAAAUCUCUCCUCAGCGUCCUCCAAAAACUCCCACAGUAGCUCCUACACUCCAAACAGCUUCACAUCGGAGGACCUGCAGGCGGAACCGUUGGACCUAUCGCUGCCAAAGCUUAUGAAGGAGCCCCAGCACAUUUUGACUGUGAAAAACAACAGACCCAAACCCAAUAGUGUUCCCUUAGACCACAGCCAUGUACCAUCUCCCCGCCAGCACUUGGAGGAGCCUUUGAACUUAGCUUAUCUGAAGAAAGACUUCGCUGGCCCCAACAGCAACGGCAACCUCAACAAAAGCACUAGCCCCAUUUUUGGCAUCAACCCCUUCACUGCCAAACCUUUGUACACGUCCCUCCCUCCGCAGAGCGCAUUUCCUCCUGCCACUUUCAUGCCCCCGGUCCAAGCAAGCAUACCUGGGCUGAGGCCCUACCCAGGCCUGGAUCAGAUGGGAUUCCUACCACACAUGGCUUACACAUAUGCCACCGGAGCUGCGACCUUUGCUGAGAUGCAGCAGAGGAGAAAGUACCAGCGAAAGCAAGGUUUCCAGGGGGAGCUGCUGGAGGUCACGCCAGAGUAUAUGUCAGGCCUGGAUGACAUGACAGACUCUGACCCCUGUCUGUCCCGGAAGAAGAUUAAGAAGACAGAAAGUGGUAUGUACGCGUGUGACCUUUGCGACAAAACUUUCCAGAAGAGCAGUUCCCUCCUAAGACACAAAUAUGAACACACAGGAAAGAGGCCGCACCAGUGUCAGAUCUGCAAGAAGGCUUUCAAACACAAGCAUCAUUUGAUAGAGCAUUCCCGCCUGCACUCUGGAGAAAAGCCCUACCAGUGUGACAAGUGUGGAAAGCGAUUCUCCCAUUCCGGCUCUUACUCUCAGCACAUGAACCACCGAUACUCCUACUGCAAGAGGGAGGCAGAGGAACGUGAAGCAGCAGAGAGAGAAGCCAGAGAGAAAGGUCACCUGGAACCCACAGAGCUACUCAUGAACAGGGCCUACCUGCAAGGUAUCAACACGGCAGGUUACGGAGACCCUGAAGAGCGGGAGGGGCUUCUGAGGAAUGGUAUCAACGGCGGCAUAAGAGAAAGACAGAAGGAAGUCGAUGGAACGUACACGAAGUUGGGAAGACGAGAGGAAGAUUUUGAAGAAGAGGAGGAGGAGAGUGAGAACAAGAGUAUGGACACGGAUCCGGACACGCUGCGAGACGAAGAGGAAAACGGAGAGCACUCCAUGGACGAUAGUUCGGUGGACGGGAAAACGGAAACCAAAUCUGACCAUGAGGACAAUAUCGAAGACGGCAUGUAAGGAACUACCACUGCAUUGAAGAAAAACAAGAAAAAGAAAAAAAAGAGAGAGAAAAAAAAAUCGCUUCCCA